UCGGCGUUAGCUCACGUCGAACCUGUCAUACUCAUCGCCAUAUACAUAAUCUCUAGGCUCUUCGCCCGGACCCCCGAGGAAUUUUGCAUGCUAAAAUGUCCCGAGUUCUAAGUACCCAGGUCGAUGUCGAAGGAACCGUCAACGGUUAUGUGACGCCCAGCGAAGAGUACUUCGACCGAGGCGCCUCUUCGCCGGUUCUGUCGCUGUCGAAUCGGGAUCGGCGGGAGAAGAGGCCACCCCCGGUUUCUCUCCGCGCUCCACCUAACGCUGAUAGCCUAGCUAGGAUGAUCUCCAACGCUAGGAAGUCGAGAGGCGGAAAGAAGAUUGGAAUUCGGGAUCGGAUAUGUUGCCACCAAUGGACUUGGUUCACGAUGACUAUGGCAACCGGCGGCGUCGCUAACGUCCUCCAUUCCGUAUGGACCCCGUACCGCGCCGACUGGCUCUGGUACAUUGGACUCGUCUUUUUUCUCUUUAAUCUAUGCCUCUUCGUCAUGAAUUGCGUCUUAAUUACGAUGAGAUUUGUCAUGGUCCCCGGAAGUUGUCUGCACUCGUUCCUAGACCAGAUGGAGUCUCUCUUCAUCCCAGCCGUGGUAGUCUCUACAGCCACCAUCCUAAUCAACACCUGCGAAUACGGAAUCCCCGUGACCGGCCCCUGGUUGCAGCGCGUGAUGGAAUGGCUGUUCUGGAUCUAUAUCGUCGUCAGCGUGGUGGCGAGCGCUGGCAUGUACCUGAUCCUAUGGUCUACUCAAAUCUUUCCUAUCCACACCAUGACGCCCGUGUGGGUUUUCCCCGGCUAUCCCCUUCUCCUGACCGCCCCGUUUGCCAGUACGCUCAUAGCAGCAAACACGGCCGCUUCGGAUAACCCGCCGGUCGAUAGGUUGGCGAUCGCGAUGUGCGCAAUAGCGGUGCAAGGGACCGGGUUUCUCAUUAGCUUCAUGAUAUGCGCCGCGUUUAUCUAUCGACUUAUGACUCAGAAGUUACCGAGAGAUAUGCAACGACCGGGCGUUUUUAUUUCUAUCGGACCUAGCGGCUUUACGGUAGCAGGAUUAGUCUCCCUCGGCCAGCAAUCCGAUGUCGUUAUCCCGGACAAUUUUCAAGGCUCGACCCACAGCGUCGUGAUCCUGCGACUGCUUUCGACCAUCGUCGGGUUGUGGCUUUGGGGUCUCAGCGUCUGGUUUUUCCUGGUUUCGGUCGGCUCCCUUCUGAAGUACGUACGCCCCGAACGCAAGAUGCCUUUUCAGAUGACCUGGUGGUCCUUCGUCUUUCCAAACACGGCCCUCGUGACUGCGACCUUAGCGCUAGCCGCCGCACUCGGUAGCACUGGACUUCGCAUCACCGGCUGCGCAAUGGCCGCCGUCCUAAUCGUCGUCUGGGCGCUUGUCUUUAUUUCCAUGUUACGAUGUCUCUGGAAUAGGGAGCUGCUGUGGCCAAAGGAGUUGGAGAGCGAGUAAACUGGGGAUGGAAUACGAAGCAAAUACUAGAAAAAGCUGGGCAUUUUUAUCAUAUCAUCUAGAAUCCUAACGCGGCAAGAGAUUGGCAUUUAGCUAUAGUUAGAGUGAUUAUACCCCGUAUCCGAUAGAGCUUCGGAGGCAAAAAUGGCCCAUGUCCGGAAUUCGACGGAA